UUCUUUCAGUCGACUCUGUUAAUUAAGCACAACUGCUACACAAAAGUGCGCGUUACAAAUUUCGCAAUACGUACACAAUUUGUAUUUACGCCUUAAACAUCGAUAUAAAGAUACUUGAAUAUAACAAAAUCCAAUUUUAAAUAUCCCAUUAAAAGUGUUUAAUUCACCCGAUAGUUAGUUACAACUUAGCAGUGCAAAAUAAUGAAAAACUUUUGAUAAUAGAAUUGUUGUUUGGCGCAUCCUCGGUUGCCCAUUGAGUGCUGCUGCACUCUCGUGUGAAAACAAAAACAUAAUCAUUAAAUUUGUAGCUAAACUGCGUAGUAGACAAAGCAAUGCUUUAAAUUGUUAAUAAUCUAUAAAGAAAAUUGAAAGUGCAACAACAACAUUCUCUUUGGGAAAUUUAAAAGAGUGCAGCAUAAAUGCACUGAACUGAACUGCAAGGAACGCAAGGAACUGCAAAUCUGAGAACCUGAGAACCGCAAGGAACAGCCACCGCUCGUAAAUAAUUGAAGUAUACUUUUCUGAGUGCAUUUCCAAAUAACGGCCAUUUGGCCCAGACUCAAGUGCAGUUAUUGCAACUACAAGGAAAGACAAUCCGCUUAAAAUGCAAGCUCAAUUUAUGUGAAAAGACAACUAGAAAGGAAAUUGCACAAGAACUUCAAAUAUGUCGAAUUUGCUGAACAUGGACAAAUCAAAUGGGAAUGGCGUCUAUGCCACAGGCAGUUGCCACACGGAUAAUGCAGCUGCCACAACAGCAAUAACAACAACAACAACCAGCACAUCAACAGCGAAUAAUAUAAACAUUAUGAAUGGCGCCGCAGCCGUUGCAGCUGCUGCAGCAGCCGCCACGUUACCCACAUCCGCCUCCAGCGAGGAUCUCAGUCAGAGCCUGUCGGAGUACACAGAUGCCGAUGAGAGCAUAUCAGCGCCGACAGAAUUUCUCGCCGAGUUUCUGUCGGCAGUCAUGCUCAAGGACUACAAGAAGGCUUUGAAAUACUGCAAAUUGAUUCUGCAAUACGAGCCGAACAAUGGCACGGCCAAAGAGUUCUAUCCCCUCAUCUUGGACAAGCUGCGCGUGGCCGCAUCAAGUGACAGCGACGAGAACUACAAUAAAUCAUCAUCACCUGAGCUGGCUUUGGAUCUGGAGCAGCCCUGCGAGGAUAGCGUUAGCAGCCACAGCAGCAGUCGCAACAAUUGCUCCGAUGAGGACAACGAUGAUGAAGCUAAUGACGACGAUGAGGAGGAUGAUGAUGAUGAUGACGAUGAUGUUGAUGUUGAUGAGGACGAUGACGUGGACAUUGAGGAUGACGAUGACAUCGAUGUGGUCGACGUGGAGGAGGAGGAGAGCAGCAGUGGCGAUGAUUACGAGCUGCCCAUUGACGAGCAACAAGAUGUCGCUGCAGUCCAAGAUGGCUUGGCAGCUCAUGCAUCACAUUCCCACUCACACUCCCACAAUGAUUCCGGCUCAUCACGCAACUCAUCGAGUGGCGGCGGCGGCGGGCGGAGCGACAAUACAACGCACUCGUAUUCCAGUCUGCUGCUGGAGGAGGAGGACGACAUUGUGCCAGUGAAUUUGCAAUUUGGCAACAAGGAUGCAAGUGCAACAGAUCUGGACAUCAGUAAUGGCAACAAAGUGAUCUCCGCUUCCUGCAGCGAUUCAGAGUCACCCACAGAGCCGCUGACACAAAGAUUGGCAGCCAUUCUGCGCUCCAAGUGCGGCGUCUCUUCCCGCAAAACUGGCGAUGAUAACGAGCCCUACUGAGGCGCAUCUUUUAUCAGCAAUUUAGUUUAUAGCGAAUAUUACUCGUACGCAUAUAUGGAUGAGUACUAUACACACAACACAACUACAAUAUAUUCUUGUACUUGAGCGAACAGUUUAUAAUUCCUUUUGCCCAACUAGUUUUCAACUAGUGCAUAUUCGCUUUACGAACCUAGAAACCGUCCCUAACAGCAUACAAUAUUAUACUUAUAUACUUACUACGACUAUAUUUCCAAUUACUUACAUUCUUUUUUUCUCUUUUUGGUUCCACAAACAAAUUCCCUAGACAAACAUAUCGUACAAACUUAAUAGGUAUAUACUAUAUAUAUAGUACUUCUAGUAGUCAUACUUGUGUAUUGCGUAUGUAAAAAAAAUGUAUAAUCAACAAUUACUGAAAUAUAAACAACAAAAGAAAUGCUCCAUUUGUUAUACGAGAGAGCUGCAAUAAUAA